AUGUUCAAGAUCCUCGCCCUUAUUGCCUGCCUGGCUAUCGUUGCCUCGGCUCAGUACCAUGGUGAACCCGAGCACAAGGAACACCAUGCGUAUCCGAAGUACAAGUUCGAGUAUGGAGUGAAGGACCCGCACACCGGUGACCACAAGAGCCAGUGGGAAGUGCGUGAUGGAGAUGUCGUCAAGGGAGCCUACACCCUGCACGAGGCCGAUGGAACCGAGCGUGUGGUCGAGUACAAGUCGGACGGUCACAACGGAUUCGAGGCUGACGUGAAGAAGGUCGGUCAUGCUCAUCACCCCGAGAAGUACUCCAGCCACCCAGUCCAUGUUCCAGUGCAUAAGCCUGUCCAUGUCCCUGCUCCAGUCCAUGUUCCGGAGCAGCAUGUCCAUCACGGAUACUCUGGUGCUAGCUAUGUCAACGUUGACAAGCACUACUAAAGGAUCUGUUGAUCGUCUGCCUUCAAUCAAGUUAAAUUCGAUUGUGAUGUAAUAAAAAAUGAUCUGCAUAGAGCUAUCCUUGACAAAAA